UCGGCUUUCUCUCUUUUUCCCUCUGUGAUCAUGGCUGAGCUCAAACAUUACCAGCCAUGUUUGCAAUUGUGAAACCCAAAGGUUAGCGAUUUACCCGUUUAUUAUUUACAUCGCAUAUACCUUCUUCAUCCAUAUUGGUCGUCUGCCGGGGGGCCAGAGGCGCUGUCUCUUGUGUGAUCGGCAGAUAUCAAGAUGGAUGCAAAUAACCAUUUUAACUAUGGGCCUCACUCAUCUGUGUCCGCUAACUCAGGACUGAAGCAUUCCUCAGGAGAUUCUCUCUAUACUAACGGGUCCUCCAUGAGCUUCCCCCAGCAAGGGAAAAACCUGAAUGGCGAUAUGAAUGUGAAUGGCAUCACUACUGCAGGUGGGAGUGGCCAAUCUGGCGCCCACCUUCCCUCUUCCUCGUACCCUCAUUUGAGCAACCAUCACCUCCCGGGUGGCAUGGGAUAUGACUACUUGUGGGGUCAGUCUCAGUACAACCCAGCUAUGGGCCCUUCCCACAGCAUGCCCCAGAAACCAGGCUCCCAGGGGGUGAUACAACCACAACAGCCUCAACACCACUUCCAGAGCCAUGGGCCGUACCAGGUCAAUGGCAGUAUCGGACCUUCACGGCAGCCCCCCGGGUCACAGUACUGGGCGAGGGGUAAUCCUGGGCAGGGGGGGUCUUCAGUGCCCAUGGGUUACGACUCUCACAGCAUGUAUGGAGCAUAUCCAAACCAGGGGCUUUCUGGUAUUGCGUCCUCCCAGCAUCACCAGCAGCCUCCAGGCAUGCCGCACCAGCCUGCAGCAGCGCAUCAUCUCCAACACCGCUCACACCAUCAUCCAUCACAACACCAGCAGCAGUCACCGCCGCAGCAGCAACAUUAUGGCUUGAUGCCUAAUGGAAUGCCCUAUUACCAGCAUCCAUCACAGCAGUCCCAGACUCAGUCUCAACCCCAGACCCAGAUGAUACCACCCAGCGCACAGAGUUUUACACCUCCACGCGGCAGCCCCCAGCAACAUCACGUGAGCAGUGGAGGCAGCAGUAGUCCCCAUCACACGCAAGUCCCAAUGAGGUCCCCUUCCUCGAUGCCUGAGAGCGGAUCACCCAAGAGCAGAGAGAUGCAAGCGCGCAUGAGCGAGUCCUUGAAAGAAGUUGAUAAAGGCUUCAAUGGCGUUGAUAGAGCCUCUAUAUCCAAACGGUUGCUCGAAACAGAGGGUUUUUCCGUCAAGUCCCCCAGCUCGGUUUCUUCUGCUGACUACAGCCAGGACCUGGAGCAACCUGCAAAACAACGUCAGGAAAUGGGAGCUGCCCUGCAGGAACUCAGUCCCCCUCGUGUCUCUGGACGUCAUCUGCCACUGGCUAGUCUGCCUCGGAAAACAUCAACCCUGUCAGUCCCCGUUCAAGGCCAGCAAUCACAAUCUCCUUUACAUUCAGAAUUUUCUGCUUUGUCCACACCUUCUCCACCCUCUCCCGUCUCAUCGCAGCCUCGGAUGGUCCAAGGCGAAAGACCUGUUGGAUUCUCUGCGCCAUCACCAGCUGGUGACACAAUUCCCUUAUCGUGUUCUCCCAAGACGUCAAGAGCUCCAACUGCCGUUUCUCAAAGUCAUUCUGUGACAUUAACGCACCCCACGACGGUGCAUGUGCCUCUUCAAACAGUUCCUUUACCUCUGGAAGAGGCCCAGAGGUCAAAAAGUCCAGUCUCUCCAUCACCUCGAUAUUUAUCUGUUGUCACCACUCCGCCCAGACUGGUACCUCUCAAACGACCCCAAGAAGCAUCACCUCUUACAGGUCAAAGUCCUAAACAUCCUGCUGCUUCCUCGACUCCAGCAUCUGAUGCCAAUAACAUCAAUCUCUCUGCACACUCUGUGCUUCUGUCAUCUGCUUCGGCUGUGACUGCACCUCCUCCCACUGUUAGCUCCUUUCCUCGGGCACCUACAGCACCUCCCAGUGUUUCUCCUGCUCCAAAGGUGUCUGAUUCCCUCACCGGGUCUACAGCUCAUUACGUGGACGCCUCAGCAAAUGCAGACGUUUCUUCUCACAAAGUACGAGUGGAAGCAGAUCACCAGACCAGUCUGGAAACUCUUAGUAAGCAUGAGGUCUGUGACUCCCAGAGCAUACCUGGAGUAGUAAGCAAACAGGAACCCAACAACGAGGCUCACGGUAGGAAUCUUGAACCGGCAUAUAUCGUUCCAAAAAAAGACUCUAGUCCACUUGUCAAAAAGGACCGUCAUAACAUAAAGGGUCAGACCACACCAGUGAAAGGAGAGAGUGACACUUUCGAUGAUACUUUUGGCACUGACACGUCAGUAGACUACCCGUCCUUGGCCGAGUCAAGCUACCUGGAAAGCUCAAGAGCUGAGGGGGUCAGUUCUAUGAUGGACACUUUCGAUGAUUCUUUUAGCCUUGCCCAGCCUGAAGAUCCAUCAACGUUUACCGAAGGAUCCAUGACUGAUGAAACUUCUUAUGUGGAAGAAAACUUGAACAGCUCCAUGACCUCGACUUGUUCCAGCGAGGAAACCUCCCUCAGAAACACCACGUCUCUGUUGGACGACUCUUUCAACGAAAGCUCCCAAAAUAACUCUUCCCUGCUCUCUGCAUCUGUAAAUGUCUCUGCCCAGAGUAUCAAAGAUGAAAAGAUUCCUGGCAAACGAAAUGGACCUGAUGCUCCUGACAUAUCUGUAGGUGAGAGAAGAUCAGCACUCUCUGCAAUGACAGUGAUGGCACUUCAAGCAGUUGUCAGUGGUUCUGUUGAAGGGGCGACCACACAUUCACCCCCAUCUGAAGCCCUGAUCACCAUUCCAAUAAAAAAGCCCCGAAAGCCUAAAAACCCCCGGACCUCCGCUGCUGCUGCUGUUGGUGAAGGCUCUCCUGAUUCCAGGACCAAAAAGCGGAAGUUGACCCCUGAUGCUCCAAAAGAAGAAAAGGUCAGACGGAGAAAGAAAAAUGAGGAGAAGCCACCAACUGCAACAAAGAAGAGAAAGCUUUCCAAAGAGGCUAAGGAACUGGAGAUUGUACCUGUUGAUAUGUCAAGUCCUUCAAAUGCUCUGCCUUACCUUCCAAAUGAUCCAAUGAACUUUGUCCAUAAUCUGAGCAUGCCCAAUGACGGGAGUCCCCUUGUUAAACCCAAGAAGAUCAGAAAGCGAAAGGUGAAAGAAGGCGACAAAGAGGCAAAAUCUUCCAAACCAGUCAAAAACGAGGUUGCGAAAGCAAAGACUCAAGAUGACGAUGGUAAUGAUGAUGCAAACAGCUCCACAGCAGGUGACACCCCGAGGCGUAGGGUUGCAACUGAGGAGCAAGUCCAGUUUCCUCUGCAGCAUGGCUGGCGGCGAGAGAUUCGGGUCCGGAGAGUUGAGGACCGCCUGAAAGGGGAGACGUGGUAUUACAGCCCCUGUGGUCGAAGGAUGAAGCAAUUUCCAGAGAUCAUCAAGUAUCUGAAGAAGCAUCAGGAUAAUCUCCAAGGGGUUUCAAGAGAGCAUUUCAGCUUUAGUCCGCGCAUGCCAGUGGGAGAUUUUUAUGAAGAGCGGGAAACGCCUGAGGGUAUGAAAUGGUUCCUCCUUGCCAAUGAGGAAGUGCCCUCCAUGAUCAUGGCAAUAACAGGUAGACGCGGUCGUCCUCCAAAUCCAGACAAAGAGCCUCGUUCCCGGGUUCGUAAAGCCAGAGGCCAAGGAAGACGCCCAGGUAGACCUCCCAAGGCCAAGAUGGAGGAUCUGCUGAGCAAAGUGGAUGCCAGGCUGUUGAAGAAGCUUGAGGCAAAGGUUGCAGAGGAUCUUACAGGGGAAGAAAAAGAGAAGCUGGUUAAGAUCAAGAAGAAGAUGAAGAGAAAGGCAAGAAUGAAAAGAAAGGAGGAUGCAAAGAACAGGAAGCUCAGACAGGAGAAAAGAAAAGCCAAACUGGAGAAAGCCAACGAGCAGAACGAUGAAGGGCAGACUUUUGAUAAAGAGAGCCCUCAAGUGACGCCCAGGAAGCCUGGCCGCAGGAGGAAGAUUCCAGUACUAGAGGCAGAAGCCGUGGAUCUGCAGAAGGCCAGUCCUAUAAAGAGUGUGGCAAGCGCCCGCUGCAAAGCCAAAGCUCUAGCCAAAGCUCAGGCACAGGCAGAGGCUGAAGCGCAGGCAGCGCUCGCAGCUAAGAGACAGGCAGAGAGAAGAGCACAAGCUCAGAGACGCGCGGAGGAGAGGAAGAGACAGCAGAUGAUCUUAGAAGAGAUGAAGAAGCCUGCAGAGGACAUGUGUCUGCCUGACCACACGCCUCUCCCAGCAUUGUCACGCAUACCAGGACUGGUGCUUUCCGGUUCGGCUUUCUCCAACUGUUUGAGGGUAGUUGAGUUCCUCCACGGUUAUGGAAAAUUCCUGGGAUUACAGGUGCCCAAGGAUAUUCCCAGUCUGAGCACCCUGCAGGAGGGUCUUCUCGGCCUAGAGAAAAGCCAGGGCCAACUCCUGGAUCUGCUUAUUAAACUGAUGGAGGCGGCACUGCACGAUCCUGGACUACCCUCAAAUUACCAGUCUGUGAAGAUCCUCGGAGAAAAACUGGUGGAUUUGGAGCUGAGUCACAGCACCGUGUCUGAGGUUCUGCGGGUCUUUCUUGAAGCUCACGGCUUUGAGUUGGAGGUGUGUAACAGUCUGCGAACAAAGAGCUUCCAGACCCUUAAAGCUGAUGUCAAAGCCUCCAUACUGGCCUUCCUGGUGGAGGAACUCAACGGCAGCAACUGCAUCACCAGGGAAAUUGACAACACGUUGGAGAAUAUGGCAACCUACAGAAAAAACAAGUGGAUUAUUGAAGGCAAACUGCGCAAGCUGAAGGCGGCACUAGUGCGUAAGACAGGCCGCCCAGAGGAGGAGCUGUGCUUCGAAGACCGACGCCGCAGUGCCCGUGUGGGCAUGGCUGAGGAGGAGAACAUCGAGGAGAGCAGCGUGUUGGAGAGAGGUAGCCGACGCAAACCCAAGGAGGAACCCAAAAGCAGUGAGAUUGAGAGUCCUAAUAAUUGCAGUGUUGCAGAACUUGAGCGUCAGAUUGAUAAACUGACCAAGCGUCAGGAGUUUUUCCGCAAGAAGCUAUUCCAGUCAUCUCAUUCCAUGCGGGCAGUGUCUCUCGGGCAGGAUCGGUACCGCCGCAGGUAUUUGCUGCUGCCUUAUAUGGGAUGUUUGAUCGUGGAAGGAGCUGAGGAUAUUUUGGCCUCGGGUGAUGUUUUGGUCAGCGAUGAACCCAUCUCUCCGGUGAAGAAAGAAGUCGGGUCUCCAGUAAAAGCGGAGGUUAAAGUUGAGCCUCCUCUUUGUCCUGUUCUCAGUACACCUCAGACAUCACUUCCGUGUUCUCCUCCAGCAUCCCAGCUUUCCCCAUCAGACGUGGAUCUUCUGCCUGGUCAAGCAUCCCUCAUGAGCAGCCCACGAGGACGUGGCCGUCCACGGAAGAUCAAACCCGAAGUUGAGCUCCACCUCCGAACAGCUAAAAACCGUCGUCGUCGCCGUAGCAGCAGAUCCGGAGGUGAAGACUUGGGCCUUAACUCCUCCAUUCAGGAUCUCGCACAGCCCGCCUUCCAGGCCUUUGUCGACCAACCACAGGACCCAGCGGCCAAUAGUGCACCAGUCACAGCAUCUGGAGCUGGGCAAGGUGACGACAACAGCCAGCCGGAGGACAGUAUUAGAGAGCAGGCAGAGAAAGCAGGCCAGUGGUUCAAUCUGUUGCCUAAGGAGCCAUGUGAUGAGACUUCUCUCUCCCAACCGUGUGAAAACAACUUGACGACUCCAUCAGCCCCUGCUGAAGACACUCCAGCCCCCCUCGAUUCUGCUGAACCUCCACCUCAGCCUCUGUCAACACAGUUGCAGACGGCAGUUCCUCCUCCUCAGGUUUGCUCCACUCCAGCUCCCAGGGCCGGGAGGAGGCGCAGAAGGGGCAGCGGCCCGUCACGGGUACACUCUCGGUCCAGCAUCGCAAAGAGGCGGGGCAGACCACCAUCCAAUCUCUUCCAGGACGUUGAGCAGAAGUAUUUCACUCAGCUGGUGGUGAAGCCUAUUCCAUUAGAGAUGGUGAAGGGCUGGUGGUGGAUCAGAGAACCAGAAGAGCUUACAGCCAUCCUCAGCGCCCUCCACCCACGAGGUAUUCGUGAGAAGGUUCUUCACAAACACCUCACCAAACACAUGGAGUAUCUUGCUGAGGUCUGCACGCGAUCCGUGACUGAUCCCAUCUUCGAGAUGACGGUGGUGGAGGUUGACGCACUGUUGGAGGCGUCUAAACAGAAGUGGAAUGAGCAGGAUAGAGCCCUGCAGAUAGACAUCAGUGUUCUGCAGUGGGUGGAAGACUUGGAGCUGAGGGUAGUAGGUGCGGAUCUACAGCUCAAGAUGGGCACUCCCAACAUGGAGAGUGAAACAGAGACUGGACAGGAAUCUUCAAGUUCUCAGUUUCAGAUCUUCACCCCUCCUGAACCGGACUCCACGCGGGAGGACCUGCAGUAUUACGAACACGAGGUGGACCCCAGGGACGACUGGAUGGUCAGGACUAAAAAGGAUUGGUCUGAUCUUCUGCGAGUUCCCAACAACCCCCUGGACCAGGCUGUUUUCCGAUUGACUAACCUGGAGCGCAACAUUGAGCGGCGGUAUUUAAAGGAGCCGCUGUGGAAUCUGGCAGAGGUGAUCCGUCUUGCUCCCCUGACCCCUCCACCGGGAGGCGAGGAAGUACCCUUAGAUGCUGUUAGUUUGGAGAGUGAGAUCACGCCAAGGAUGAGGACGUGGCGACAGGCUCUGGAUCGGUGCCGCAGCGCGUCUCAGCUCUCUCUCUGUCUGAUGCAGCUAGAGAAAGCCGUAGCCUGGGAGAGAUCUGUCAUCAAAGUGACGUGUCAGGUGUGUCGUAAAGGUGAUGAUGACGAAUACCUACUCUUGUGUGAUGGCUGUGAUCGUGGCUGUCACAUGUUCUGCUUAAGACCAAAGGUCAUGCAGGUGCCAGAAGGCGAUUGGUUCUGUCCCACCUGCGUUGCCAAGCAAACCGGAGAUGAGCCACGAUCACGUUCAGCGCGUCAGAGGUCAAAGAUGCGGAAACGACGUCUUGCGGAGGACAGUUCAGACGAGGAUGACGGCUACAAACGGGGCAUGACCACACGGCAAAAGGACAAUGCUGCUUCCUCAAGUGGGACAAGCAUCUCCCCUUCCAAACGCAGACGGAUGACCACAAGAAACCAGCCUGACCUCACUUACUGCGAGAUCAUUCUGAUGGAAAUGGAAGCUCACUCGGAUUCCUGGCCUUUCCUGGAGCCUGUCAACCCCCGUCUGGUGCCUGGCUACCGACGCAUCAUCAAAAGCCCCAUGGAUUUCCUCACUAUGAGGGAAAGACUUCUACAGGGAGGGUAUUGCAGCUGUGAGGAGUUUGCCGCUGAUGCUCAGCUUGUAUUCAGCAACUGCGAGCUUUUCAACGAGGACACAUCAGAGGUCGGCAAGGCCGGCCACUCCAUGCGAUGCUUCUUCGAGAGCCGCUGGGCGGAGUUUUACGAGAACAAAGACAAAUAAAGAUUCUGCCAUCUGCUGCACGGGAGAAAGCAUUGAGAUGCCAUGCCCCUUUGAUGCUCAUUACUACUAAAAACUCUUUCUGGAGAGCUCUCCGGUCCUCUGUAUGCAUACGUGUGUAGAUAUGUGUAUAGUUUGGUUCUGUUUGUUUUACAAGUAUCUGUUUUUGUCCCCCCACACGGACCCUAAGGUUAAAAAAAUCUACCACCUGGUAUUAUGAAGUAUAAACUUCACAUCCAAAAUUUCAUCUGUCGCUCCUUUGGGGCUAAAGUACGUGUUCAGAACUUUGAUUGUUUUACACUUGAUGUCACACGUGCAAUCGAAGGGAUUGGCACACCUCUAUCAGGAUAUUUUUGACACAUUUACUCUUUAUUCAAAGCCGCCUUCUCCGUGUUGUAUAGGUUGUGGACCACCUGUGUCCCCUUGAUUGAAUUGUAACGUAACGUGCUUUUAAGACUAGAAGCAAUUUCCUCAGUAUAUUUUUUAUUAUAUACUAUAUAUACACUUAAUGACAGAAAAAAACUAGUUGGGAUUAUUUAAUAGCAAUAGCCUGUAGUCAACUGUACAGACCACGUGAUAGAAAGAUGUAUAGGUGACUCAUGAAAUGGCCAGUAAGACGUACUACAAGUAACUCCAUUUACUUUUUUGCUUGUUGAAUAUUGGUCGUAUCUGCAGUCAUUUACUGGUUUAUUUUUGCUUUCUUGUCCUGUUAAGCCUCCCAAACCCAGAAAUAAAUCAAUGUUUUGCCAUAGUAGAAUCUUAUGUAAUGACCACCGCAAAAUCUUAUAACCGCUACAAUGCAAGAACAUUUGGCCACCAGUUUUUAAGCUCCGCUAGCUGGAUAUCACUUUUCAGUGUGUGACUAUUGUCCUUUGGGGGGGGGACAAUCUAGAUGGCAUUGAUUUUGGUGAAAUGAUUUGUUUGUACAUUUGGUACAUCAGUGUAGAUGUAAGGUAUACUUCACUUUCUAUUUAGUGUGACUGGAUAUAAUUUGCUCUCUGCUUUCACAAAAUGAGGAUUCUUUGACAUGGCUUACUGAAAUCAUUUCCGUUUUAAGAUGUGUAGACUGUUUUAUGUGUUGGUGCUGGUGUGUGUCUGUGUGGUAUGUAUAAAACCUGGACCAACUCCUUUAAAAAGGACAUUUAUUUUUGUCUUGCGAUAUUAACUGUUUUUUCGAUAGAAGAGGCGUGUCAUUCUCAUUACAAUAAAGUUGAGUUGGCCAGUAAGUGGUUUUAAAAAAUGUAAACCAAACACGAUUGAAAAAAAAAGUUUUAAGUAGCAGCUUUUAACGUUUUCAUUUUCCCCUUACAACUUCAUAGACAACGUUAGUCAUGGAAGCAGGAUAUUAUAGCACUGACCGCCGUAGAACGCACUAUUCACAUUCAUUUAUCAUUGUCUUCAUACACAAACUCUCAAGUUCAUUCACUUUGUGUUCCUCAACAGACAAAAGGGACUUGUUUUGUUUUUAAAGACGACAAAACGGUAAGCUGUUCUAGAAAAAUUCAACCAAAUGUGGCGUUUAGUGAAUUUUUAAUAAUGUACAGUUUUUGUGACUUUAAAUUUGUUCCUUUCUAUAUUUUUAGGACCAAUAUAUCGUUUUUAAGAGGCGUUAAACGGCCAUGUUGUUUCAAAGUAAUGUAAAACACGUGCAUCUGUAGAAUGUACUGUAAGCGGAAAUAAAACCACAUCUAGUAU